AUGGCUUGUGGAUUGGCAUUGAAGCGUCCACAUGAAUACGACUCGUAUUUAGCUGAUGAGAGCUUUCCUCAUGAGGCUAAACGAGCUCGUCAUACGGCAGCUCAUUGCUCACCGUUUCGUCCUCAAAUGGGUACAAUAGCCGCAAAUCUACCAUCUACUAGCAGUUUUGCUCAGGCUGUCAACAAAGACGAUUCUCCGUUCGCGGCAGUCGCAGGCAAAUGUCAGUUGUCUGAGUCUCAAUUAGAUGCAUAUUUACGUUCGGAAGUUCGUAAUGGACAGCGUAGAAAGCUGUUACCAAGAAGAAACUGCUCAGAUGUAAAGCUCGAGGAUGAGAAUACCCCACGGAAUGACUACCGUAUACCAAAUUCUCCUCCUCAGUCCGGGUCAGAUUCGGAAAGCGAGGGCUCUAGCGUCCGAAAAACUGGUGUCAAUAACUACCAAGCACUCGCCGAGAAACCGCAGUUCAGUCUGAAACAGGUACGGAUGAUUUGCGAACGUCUUUUGAAGGAACAGGAGAUGCGUCUACGGUAUGAGUAUGAAUUGGCUUUGAAUCAGAAACUGGAUGAGCAACAUGAGCAGUACGUUCAAUUUGCAAGCGAACAAAUGGCAGCACAGUUUAAAGAGAAUACAGCAGGAGAAUUUUCAUAUCUUUCUUAA